AAACUGGGUGCAGCCGAGGGAAGAGGAGAGACAGAGAGAGAGACUUUCAAUACGUUUUUGGGCACUGAAUACACUGACUGUACUCCAGGUUUCCUCUCCUACGCCAUGACCCGCCCCUACACCAUCUCACUUGGACUCCUGCUCCUCCUCAUUGGCUACACAGCGGCAGGACCCGAGUCUGCGCUCCAACCCAGAGAUGUCCGGUCGAGUGCCUGUCAGGACCACAGUACUCUUCAUGACAGACUGGAUGUAGUGGAGAAGCAUGUAGAGGACACAGUACAAAAGCUGGAGGCUGAGCUGGCCAUGCUGCUGGAUGCCAUAGAAGCCCCUGAGUGGAGUCCCCUGCUGGAAACUGUUGGAAAACCUGUGGUGGACAUCCUGGACGGCCAGGGACUGGGAGAGAAUGGCGACUCCUGAGAGAGGAAGAGGAGAAGAUCUCUGUUGAGCAGCUACUAAUUCUACUUCACUUUAGCUUUAGGAAGUGAUGAGGGUGCACCUGGCUAGGUCAAACAAUGAAAGACUAAUGUACAGUCUCUGCUGUUUUGCUGAAGUUGUAUUUUGUAAGUGGACAAACACGGUAUAAAACAAGCCUUCUAAAGUGUAAACACAGGCUUAGUAUAUAUUCUGUGGUACAGUCACUAGAUCACAACACUAAAGCUUAUUUGUCCCCGUAAUACACUGCUCUGUUCCUCGGGCACUCAUCCUUUCUCUCGUCUUUGGCUGAACUUGAAUCCCUACACCCAGGGGUAACUGUGUCCCCAGCCUCUCCGGAUGUUUACAUCAAAGUCGUAAACCAUUGAUUGUUUUCUCUGGUAAUGUCUUCUGUUUUGGGUGGGAUUGACCCUUUUCUGUCCCAUGCCUCUCUUCCGCCCCCUGGUGUCAGUCAAGAGUGACACAUGCAGCACCGAGUCACAAGGUAGACCUUGCCCUUUAUCACAGAUCAAGAAUCAGGUUACCCUAACCCCCAAUCCUAUACCAAACCAUUAGGGGGCUGUAAAUAAUACCUGACCCUGUAUCUGUGGUUAGGGACCACUAAUCGUCUCAAUGUGGAUGAAUGACAAAAACAAAAUCAUUACAGAGACUACUAGAAGGAAUGUAUUUAUUUAUCAAAGCAGUUAAAGCAGUAUGUUUCAAUACACAGAGCAGUUUGAAUAGGUACAGUACAAGGCUUCCACUGAGACCCAGGCGAGUUGCAAGUGUAUUUAUUUAGUCACCAUAAAAAUCUUACAGAACAUGUUCAAAAUCGGAUCACAAAAAGGAGUGAGGUCAUAGAUCAUCAAACCAGUUUUUUUUUGUUCUUAAAAAUAAUGUACACUAUUUUACUAAAUGUUUCUACAAAGAUCAGACAUUAAUGUUAGAUGUGAGAGCGUUGAUCCUUAUCCAGUUGAUGGUAAAGGUGCUGUGGUAGUUGGUCACUCGCUCUGUAACAAUGCUGUUUGAAACACACAGGUAAAUAUACUUACAGCAAUGUUAUCCGAUAAACUAGAAUGUAAACACAUUGGUAAGAACA